AUGCACCCUCCCACCCCACCACCUAUCCCCAACAAGGACGAGGAUAUGAAGAGUGAUGGCGAGGUGACUACAGGGUCAGUCGACAAGGCUGCCCCUCUUCCUGAAUGUCAUUUCCCCGCUGCGAUCUGGUCUGAGACUGAGGCUGCUGUUGCUGGUCCUUCGGACCUUUCUAAUGCUGCUGUUUUGGCUACCACUGGCCCUUCCUCCAAGAAGGGUAAAGCAAAGAAGAGGGGUUAA